CCUUCGCCAGUAGUGAAUGCAGUGACAUUCCUGAGGAACCCACCGACUAAGUUUGGAUAAAGUGAUCUCUCUCAGUUUACGAGGCUUGUUCUGCAAUCCGUUUGAGGUUUUUCUACGAUGGAGCUUGCUAAGAAGUGUCCAUUUUUGGCUCGUGUUCCCUCAUCUUUCGUUCGCAAGGCGAGAGGCCCAGUGCUCGUUUCUUACGCCGAGCGUUGCCCCGUGAUGUCGGAGGUUUUGAACAAAACCGACGAAAUUCCCGAUAAGAACGAAGGAGCUAAGACCCACGGAGCCGCAACAUCAGCUAAAGCUGGUAAAUGUCCAGUUAUGCACAAUGCCACUGAGGUAAACAAUAAUGAACUUGUUACCUGCGCCUGUGAUUAUCAAGAAGGAACUGGGAAGAAGGAUACAACCUUGGAGUCAGCUGGAAAGUGUCCUUUCUCAAGUGGCAAGUUAGUUGUGGAUGCUGUGCAAAAAAUUCACCCUACCCCUGCAAUGAAGGUGGGAAAUGUUUUUGCCCAGGCCACUGGAGUGCGUCAACUGGUCACCAUGCCCCUUGCUGUUCAAGGUCCUGCACCCAGCAUUGAGGCCUUUCAGUCUCACUUUGAUUAUGACCGAUUCUUUUUGGAUGAGAUUGAGAAGAAAAAGAUGGACAACACCUACCGUAUUUUCAAGAGGGUGAACCGCCUGGCUGAGACUUUUCCACAUGCCAAGGAUUACAGUGAUUCUUUGGCUGGAAAAGAUGUGUCAGUUUGGUGCAGUAAUGAUUAUCUGGGGAUGAGCCGACACCCAGAAGUGCUGAAGACUGCAAGGGAGACUAUUGACAAGCAUGGAGUUGGUGCUGGAGGUACUAGAAACAUCUCUGGCACAAGCAGUUAUCAUGAAACCUUGGAGAAGAAACUGGCAGAAAUACAUAAGAAGGAAGCAGCACUGCUCUUUACUUCUUGUUAUGUAGCCAAUGACACUACUCUGUUCACUCUGGCUCGUCAAUUACCAGGCUGCCUGAUUUUUUCUGAUUCUGGUAACCAUGCCUCCAUGAUCCAGGGCAUUCGCAACAGUGGAGCAAAGAAGUUUAUCUUCCGUCAUAAUGAUGUAGAGCAUCUGGAGCAGCUUCUGGAGCAAGCAGACCCUGAGGUGCCAAAGAUUGUGGCAUUUGAGACUGUGCAUUCCAUGACGGGGGACGUAUGUCCAUUAGAAGAGCUGUGUGAUGUAGCACACAAGUAUGGGGCUCUGACCUUUGUGGAUGAGGUUCAUGCAGUGGGUAUGUACGGUGACAACGGUGCAGGCAUUGGCGACCGAGACAACAUCAUGCACAAGAUGGACAUUAUCACUGGUACCCUUGGCAAGGCCUUUGGAUCCAUUGGAGGGUACAUUGCUGCAUCAGCUGCCCUUGUUGACAACGUGCGCAGCUAUGGCUCCGGUUUUAUCUUCACCACCUCCCUUCCUCCUGUCACUGUGAACUCUGCUAUUACAUCUGUCAGUAUUCUGGCCAGUGAUGAAGGACGUAGUUUGCGUGAAAAGCAUCAGAAUGCUGUGCGCACCUUGCGAAACAAGUUGGUGAAAGCUGGUCUUCCUGUGGUGUAUGCUCCGAGUCAGAUUAUACCGGUGCAUGUUGGUGAUGCAGCCAAGUGCACAGCCAUCUCCAACGAAAUGCUGACCAAAUAUGGCAUGUAUGUCCAGUCUAUCAACUACCCAACAGUUGAACGCGGCAAGGAGAGGUUGCGUAUCGCUCCCACUCCUGAACACAACGAAGCCAUGAUGGACAAGUUCACCGAAGCUCUGGUCAAGGCCUGGAAGGACAACGGAAUGCGUUUUCUGACCCCCCAUUGCACCACUGCAUGCGACUGUCAGGAGCGCUGCAUCACCUACAAAGAGCUGGAUUGCAACAAGUAUGCUUCCCAGGUUGGCGCCUAGAAUGCCGGCCAAUAUUGCUCUCCGAAUCGACUUUUCCAGUGGGCGUGUUAAGCUCUCAAAGUGGAACUAUAUUUAAGAAUUGUUAAAUGUAAUUUUCUGGAGAAAUCUGAAAUAAUCAUACAGUGAAAUCAUCACGUUCUUGUGUCUGUGUGUUGGUUGUUUACUUUGUUCCAUCUUGGUUGAGUUUCCUUUUUGUUUAUGUCCCCGUGUUUUCACUGAUUUUCUGGUAAGACUUAAAACUUGUGUUUCUUUGUGCUCAGUGUUUUCAAUUCUGAACCAAAUCUUUGGAGUUCUAUUGGUUUCGAGUCAUGACACCUUUAUCUACUCAGAGAUGCUGCCCUUAUGCCUUUUGAAACCAAUAAUGUCUGUUGUGUCUUAUGUGAGCCUUUUACAGGCUCACAUAUGUGAGCCUUUUUUAUUGGUUUCGAGUCAUGACACCUUUAUCUACUCAGAGAUGCUGCCCUUAUGCCUUUUGAAACCAAUAAUGUCUGUUAUGUCUUAUGUGAGCCUUUUUCUGUUGGUGACUGCCUUUAUGCCGGUACAGAGAGUGCCACUGUCUUGCUUUGACGCAAGGUAUCCCGAGAUACUACCAGUUGUCGCCUUUGAAACCAAUACUGACCAAUGUAGGAUCUACUUGACUUGUUAUUUUCAAGGAACUGUGACUGCCCUUAUGCCAAGACUGUGUUAAAACAGUGAGUUUUCUUGCUGUUAUGGACUGCAAUGCUGGUUGCUGAAAACAUCCUGUUCGGAGGCCGUCAGUGCAUCUUGCGCUCUGAAGAGAUGAUUGCGCUUAUGCCAAAGCACUUGACAAUGAACCACAAAGCUGGUUCUACAUAUGAAGAAAGAGCCCUUAUGCCAAUUGGUCAACGACGCUCAAGAACUUUAGACUGUGGCCAACUUGUGCGAAACGUGGUCCUUAACGUGCCAACUAAAGGGAAUUGAAAAGUUCAGUUUAGUAACGCUGUUAUUAGAUUAGAUAAUGGGGUGACUGCCUUUUAUGCCAAAGCCGUUUCGGCUACGUAGAGAGUGGACAAAUAAUUUAAUGACACUGCUGUGACCCUACAGCUACGAAAUGGAACUCUGAGGUAUAGAUAAAUCGAUUCGCGGGGAGUAAGUUAUGUAAAAUUGGAAGAGUUUUUCAGGACAACGAGCGAACGAUGUUGGUUUUCGGAUUUCCAUUUAGUAUCUGUAAUGACCCUUUUCAUUCUUGAAGCGGUUCAUAGAGCGCAGAAGUCGAAGGAGAUAAAUCUGAAAAGACAAUUCUAGCGGACUGGCGAUUUGAAAACAAAGAUAUCGGGACAUGACAGUGGGACGCCUUGCCUGUGUUCCCUUAUUCCUUUCUUUACGUAUUUUUUUACUUUGUAAACUUUAUUAAUAGCACAGCUACGAAAUGGAACCUCCGGGUUUAGUUGAAUCGAUUCGCAGGGAGAAAGUAGAGUAAAAAAGGGGGAAGUUUUUCAGGAAUAACGUGCGAACGAUGAAGGGUUACGGUUUCCACUUAGUACCUGUGUUGCCUCUUGCCAAUUUACAAUUAGCUUAAGAAGAUUUACACGUCUAGGGAGCUACAUUCGGAGUAGCAAUUUAGCGGAUUUGUCGUUAGUGAGAAAAAAGAAACCGGAUUUGUCCUUGGUUAAAAAUCGGUGUUGGGUUUUUGUAGCUAGUGGUAAGUUUUAGUCUUCUUUUGAGUGAAACUCGAGAUUCAAACUUACCAAUUAAAAUGUAUUACUUUCAUAACCAAAA